AUGAUUUCUGCUAAAGAAAUCUCCAAGAACAUCAAAGAGAUAAGUAAAACUGCUGCGCCCGGUCCAGAUAAAAUAACUCUGAGAGAAUUGACUAAAAUUGACCCCCACUGCAACCACCUCAGGGAACUAUUUAACUUGUGGUUGCUAACUGGUAUGAUACCCGACUCUGUUAAAAACUGUCGGACGGUUUUAAUUGCAAAAUCUGCUAUACCGGAACGCCUGGGUGACAUCAAUAACUGGCGUCCGAUCACUAUUGGUUCCAUCAUUUUACGGCUGUUUUCCAGAAUUAUAACUUCUAGAUUGGCUAAAGCCUGCCCCAUUAAUCCCCGGCAAAGGGGCUUUAUUAGAUCUGCAGGGUGCAGUGAAAAUUUGAAAUUGCUACAAUUGAUAAUUCGGCAUGCAAAAAGCCAGCACCAGUCCCUGGGUGUGGUGUUUGUAGACUUAGCUAAAGCAUUUGACACGGUGAGCCAUGCCCACAUUAUCUCGGCUCUUGAACAAAGGGGCGUCGACCAGCACAUUAUCGCCCUGAUUAAGAAUAUGUACCACAACGUCACCACUAACAUUCCCUUAAAGGGUGGGCACUCCGACUCCAUUAAAAUCCAAAUAGGAGUCAAGCAAGGUGAUCCCAUGUCUCCACUGCUAUUCAAUCUGGCUGUAGACCCACUACUGUGUAAAUUACAAGAGUGUGGGGAGGGGUUCCAGAUCCAUUCUCAAAACAUCACAGCACUGGCCUUUGCUGACGAUUUGGUGUUACUGAGUAACUCCUGGGAGGGCAUGAUGAAAAAUAUAGAGAUCGUCGAGACCUUUUGUAAUCUUACCGGUCUCAAGACACAGGGGGAGAAGUGCCACGGCUUUUACAUCCAGCCGACUAAAGACUCUUAUAAGAUCAAUGACUGCCCGGCGUGGCCGAUUAAUGGCACCCCCCUGAAUAUGAUCGAUCCUGGGAGCUCGGAAAAAUAUUUGGGAAUGAACAUCGACCCAUGGGUGGGAAUAUCCAAACCCGAAUUGCUAUCGAAAGUUAAAAAUUGGUUACAUCGCAUUGACAGAGCUCCACUCAAACCUUUUCAAAAGGUUGAGAUCCUGAGAACUUAUGCCAUGCCCCGGCUAAUAUACUCUGCCGAUCAAGCUAACGUUAAGAUCACUCAUUUGGAAACGCUUGAUCAAGAAAUAAGAUCUGCGGUUAAGCAAUGGCUGCACUUACCUCCAUCCACUUGCGACGCCAUCCUAUAUGCCAGCAACAGGGAUGGUGGUUUUGGUCUCCUUAGGUUCUCAAAAUUGAUCCCAAGCGUACAAGCUCGGAGGCUGCACCGGCUGGCACAGUCUCCGGACGAGGUGAUAACAACUAUUGUGCGGUUAGAGGGUAUUGAAAAAGAAUAUGAAAAAUUAUGGGUAAAAGCAGGAGGAAGGAAAGAUAAAAUUCCAUCAAUUUGGGACCCGAGAACCGUGUUUAGACUACCUAAUGAAGUGGGCGGUGAGGAGGUAACAUCAGAAUGGGAGGCACCUGCUCCUAAAAACAUCUACCCCAAACCGUGUAAUUGGAGAAAAGAUGAAUUUAACAAUUGGACUAAAUUGGCAUCCCAGGACAUGAUAUUUGUGAAGGACAAACAGGCAUUGGUCGUUGAUGUGACAAUUCGGUAUGAAAGUAACCCUUCUUCCUUGUCGGAGGCCGCCGCUGGGAAGGUCCAAAAGUACAAACAUCUCACGCAGCAGGUACAGGAACUGACCAAUGCCACCCAGGUAAAAUUUGUAGGUUUUCCCAUCGGAGCUCGGGAAUUGGUAAAAUACGGCAAGGAAUAUGAGGAUACAUCUGAUUCUGAAAAUGUUCCCAAGCUUUCUGCAGCCACAAAAAAGACUCGACCCUCCUAUGCUGAUGUGGCUGCCAGGGCACCCCGGGAUCCUCCUAAGCAGCGGGAGAAAUCAUGGG